CGACGCCGGCCGUCGAGCCGCAGGCCUCACCUAACGCUCCCUGAACAUCGCGCUCGGGCGUUUCCACCGCGUUUUCGCGUGUUUGCACACCUGCAGCGCGGCGGCUGUGAGCAUCCCGAAUUCUGGACCCCAGCUGGGGUCAAACCCCCACUUCGCCAUCGACUAGCUGCGUGCCGUGGCGCGUGGCUUAACUUCGCUGGGCCCGUUGGCUCACCUACAAAAGCACCAGGUUGUAGAGGAUUGUGAGAACUCAAUGCACACACCUAAAACGCCUAGAACAAUGGCUGACGCAUAGGAACACGAAGUACUUGCUGUUAUCAUCACUAUCUAGUCUUGUUUUAGCUUCUAGCUCACGCCGCUGUGCCCACGCUGUCCCUCCCAGCCACCCUGCCUCCCAAACCCGCAGGUUUUGAUUGGGGAGGCGCUUUGGAGUAGAUGCACAUGCCCCGCACCCAGGACUUCAGUGGCCUUCACUGGACUGGUGCAGCCGAGGCCAAGCCCAAGUGGAGCCUGGGUCCUGAGAACCUUUGGGGGACUUGAGGCAUCCCCUUCUUAGCAGGCAGCCCCAGCACACGCCCAUCACAGAGGCCCUUGGUGACAUCACAAACCCUACUCCCUAUCCUGUGGCUGAGCAGUGGUUGGUGGGAAGACCAAAUGGGAGCUGAAUUGAGAUUAAUUUGGCUCUUUCCAUCCAAAAUCUCUGCCCACAUGCUCUACCAAUGCCCCCAGGGCAGUCAUCUUGGGCCACACCCAUUGUCCAUUUCCCGGGAACCGCCAGUUGCUACCACCACGGCCACUGUAACAUCACAGGGGCCUUUGGCGAUGCUUCUUCAGAGGACAGAGGACUGGGCAAGCAGGGCUGUUGGCUGGAGGCCAAGCUGGAUCCCCAGAAAUCUACCCUGUCAGCUGCUGCAGUUGCUACCAUUCUCAGGACCCUCACCAUGAAAGGCCUUCUGCUGCUCACCUUAUCUUCUUUGUUCUGCUGGGUCUCAGCUGACAUUCGCUGUCAUUCCUGCUACAAGGUCCCUGUGCUGGGCUGUGUGGACCGGCAGUCCUGCCGUCUGGAACAAGGACAGAAAUGUCUGACAACAAAUGUGUACCUUGGCAAGAUGUGGGUUUUCUCCAACCUUCGCUGUGGCACGCCUGAAGAGCCCUGUCGGGAGGCCUUCAACCAAACCAACCACAAGCUGGGCCUCACCUAUAAUACCACCUGCUGCAACAAGGACAACUGCAACAGCCCAGCCCCUCGGCCCACCCCGGCCCUGGCCCUGGUCCUCCUCACCUCCUUGGCUGGCCUUGGCCUCUGGUUGCUGCACUGACACAUGGCUGCCCCUCCUCCCCCUGCCUUAGCCUGAGCCUCUCUCCCUGUGUCUCCACAUCCCCUGGCUUCCCAUAAUGGUCUCUCCCUAGCCUCCUUUGCUCGGAAAAACAUUUCUCCAGACCCUUCACAUUUCUUUAAUUAACAGUGGUUUCCCUAUCCAUCAUUCCACCCCAUGCCCUCCUCUCUGCUUUUCUCAGGUCCCUUCCCAUUUCCCUCUAGACCACUCCAGAUCCUCCACUGGCCCCCAGGAGAGCCCCCCCUUUGUCUCUUGCACUCUAUUGUGCCCUAUUUAGGGAGGGAUUGGGGUCUGGGCCUUACCCCAGUGAAGGCUCCAAGGAAAGACCUGAUGACCUCACUGUAUGGGGCUGAUUCCCCAAACCCUGUCUGCUGUCUGUACCCCCUCCCCCUGCUCACCUCUUUCCAUUUUGAGUAAUAAAUGCCUGUGUCUGAUAA